AUGGAAGAAAGUGAUGAACCUGACCAGCCUAUCUCUGCAGGGAGACAAGAAAUUCGAAAGAGAAGACGACCUAGCCAACCAAUGGUAGACAAAUCACAGCAGACUGAAGUGAUGGAGAAAAAGAAACAGUUUGCAUUGCCACCAUCAUCUGGUCCCAAAACUACUGUCAGUAUUGGUCAUAUUCCUGGUUGCAAAAGCAACUACGGUGCCAAAGAAUAUGAGUCUAUUAGAAUAUCUUCCCAACUUCAACAAACUUGGAUGAAGAGAAGGCAUGGACAUGAAAUGAUUGAUAGAUCUCUGCAGACAGACAACCUCAUACAAGAGGAAAAAGAAGUCAAGCUCACUGGUGAGACAGUAGCACCUGAAGAAAGGGGAGCUAGUGCUGGAGAAGCAGCCGCUGAAUUGCAAGAGAGUGUUCAAGAAGCCGAAAUUCCAUCAAGCAGGCACUCAAUUCAUCAAAAAAUAGACAGGUCUCAGCAGACCAGUUGUACUGGAGACUGGACCACAAUGAACAUUCCCCCCAAAGAGAAAGUGGACAAAGGACAGCAGACAUCCUUUACUGAAGCACAAAUGGUGGCUAUUUCCAGGCCAAGUAAUUCUUUAACAAGUUCAAACCAAGGUGCCCAGAAAUGUAAACCCUCAGGAGAGAUUUUUCCUGAUGAGCCUCCUGAAUUGCAGCCUGCAACAAGUAGCUAUGAAUUAAUCAGACAAGAAAAUGUCAGCAUGUGUUCACUUACGCAGGAAACUGGAAAUGAUACUGUGAUACCUUUACCAGACAAAUCUAGGCAAGAGGUACCUGUUGAAGAAGAGGGUUCUUAUGGUACAGUAGAGAUGCCACAGGUACAAAAAGCUCUCAGUACAUUACACUUAUCCACUGUAGAGGACCCAUUUAAUGAAGCCGAGCCUCCUUCAGUUGAGGAGGCCAUUGAUAAAGGAGAACUGAGCCCUGCUGAGGAGACCCCUGUCCAACUGCAGCCUCCUCCUGAGGAGAUCCACGCAGAUGAACCACCAGGUCAGAAGCCUCUUCCGGAAGAGUAUCCUGCUGAAUUACAACUUUCCCCAGACAACGCAUCUCCAGUUGAAAUACAGGCUCAACCAACUGAGUAUGCUCUUGAAGAUAUCUCAGCUACGUUGGAGCCUGCUGAAAUUCAGUCUCCGGCACCUGAAGAGAUUCCGGAAGAAGGCGUCUUCGCUGAGGAAGAAGACAUCCCCGCUCAAUCUCCAUCCGCUAAGGAUAACCUUGAAGAGGCCCCUGCUGAAGGUCAAUCUCCACCAGCUGAGGAUGCUACUGCCGAAGAGAGACCUGCUGAAAAAGGUCCCACUGAACGUCAGUCCCCGGAAGCCCAGGAGGCUCUUGCUGAAAUGCCGCCUCCACUGGUGGAGGAAGUGCCGAGAGGAGAGCUGAAUGAGGACGUUAAGCUUUCUGUAGAAGAAGAUACUGCUGCUCAAAGCUUGUCUGCACCAGCUUCAGAAGCUCCCACACAAGAGGCCUCCGCGGAAGUCCAAUCUACACCCCCCAAUGAGGUUCCUGCAGAAGUAGUUCCUGUGGAAGAAGCUCCAGAUGAAAUCCAGCCUCCAUUAGCUGAGGAGACUCCUGCAGAAGAAGCCCUUGCUGAAGCUCCACCUCCACCAGCAGAGGAAGCUGCUGCAGAAGUGGACCAGGUCGAACAAGGUCCCUCUGAGGUUCAGCCUCCAUCAAACCAGGAGGCCUCGGCCGAAGAAGGUCCAGCUGAAGUUCUCCUUCCACCAGGUGAGGGGGCUUCUGUGGAAGAGCCUUAUGCUGACCUUCCAACAGCCCCUAGAAAAGAGAUCCCCGCGGGGGUCCAGUCUCCAGCAACCCGCGAGUCCCACGUGGAAGAAGCCUCUGCAGACCGACAGUCUCCUCCAGCUGCUGGGGUGGCUGUGGAGGAAUGGCCGGAAGGUCGGUCUCCAUCAGCUGAGCAUGUCCUAGCAGAAGAGGCUGCUAUAGAAGAGGUCUCUGCUGAAGUUCAGGAGGUUCCCCAAAAGGAAGCCCCCACUAAAAUCCCCACUCCACCUGUUGAGGAGGCUUUCAUAAAAGAGAUCUAUGUCCAAGAUCAGCCUUCAUCGGAACAGAAAUCUGCAGAUGAGGCUCUAGUAGAGUCAGUGCUUGCUGAAUUGCAGUUUUCCCUGGAAGCAGACAUCGCAGGGGAAAAAGGAUCAAGUGAUGCGAGAGCUGAUCCAAAAUCUGACGAUAUUUCGCUAGAUUUCUCUAAUGCUGAGGAUAUAGAGAUUCCAUCUCUUGAAGUUGAGGGUGUCAUUCGUGUAGAAAUAAAAAAUGCUCCUCCUGAGAUGCGGUCAGGUCCCACCUAAGGCAGUCAUCAGAAAACUGUAAGGUUCUGCAAUAGCAUAUUUAAGAAAAGUGUAGGCACCUGGAAGUAGCUUUGUGAAUAGGGUAAAUGAAGGAAACUCAAAUACUUGAAAUGUAAGUUGAAAAAUGAACAAUAAAAACUAUUACAGUU